AUGGCACGUCAAGCACCCGGCGGAGCGUCAAGCAUUUGCUUGGGAUUGGCCGAGAGCGAGCUCAAGGCAGUUUCUUCGAACGCCUUCGCCUCGAACGCCAGCCAAAACAGCGGCAACGUCCUGACAGACCGCCCCAGCACCAUGCUACAUGCUCCUCCAGGCGGGUAUUCCACCAUUUGCCUGGGUGGAGAUGAAGCUCCGGUCAUCCGCCAAUCCAACUGGACACCGCCAGGAGGGAAGUCGACGAUCUGCUUGGGGACGGAUGAAGCUCCGGUGUCGUCCAAUGCCUUCGCCUGCGGUGCCAGUCAGAACUCGGGCAACGUGCUGACAGACCGCCCGACGACAUCGCUGCACGCUCCCCCGGGAGGUCAUUCAACCAUUUGCCUGGCAGCGGGCGCAUGCACCGCAGACCGCCUGCCUCGACAAGGAGGUGUCACCGCGGGCGGACAGAGCACAGUAUGCUUGGGUACCGAUGCCAGUGAUUGGAUGGUCUCCUCAAGGGCAGUUGGCAGCGCAAGGAAGGCGAUGCCACAUGAGACCGUUGCGACCGAGGAGGAGGAGAUUGCACAGGAGGAGCUUUCCGAGAAGGAUUCCCCAGAGGGAGGCGUCACCGCGGGCGGAAACAGCACAGUAUGCUUGGGUACCGAUGCCAGUGAUUGGAUGGUCUCCUCAAGGGCAGUUGGCAGCGCAAGGAAGGCGAUGCCACAUGAGACCGUUGCGACCGAGGAGGAGGAGAUUGCACAGGAGGAGCUUUCCGAGAAGGAUUCCCCAGAGGCGGUGCAGAACGUUGAGACCUGCAAGGUGAAGGGAAGCGACCGAAGUCGUGUCCAGGAGUUGCCAACGCCGAUUCGCGCACGGGCGCCUCCUGGCGGGGCCGGGCCGCCGAGAGUCCCGGUUCCAGCUGUGAGUGUGGAGACAGACCGAGGUGGCGACCGUGCUCCGCGAUUCCUCGGCACGGUCGACUGGCAAGUGCUGCGGCCUCAUAUUGGAGUUGCGUUGGGCACGACCGAUGACAACGAUGUGAUGAGUGAUGAGGAGAUGGCACGAGGGAAGUCGACGAUCUGCUUGGGGACGGAUGAAGCUCCGGUGUCGUCCAAUGCCUUCGCCUGCGGUGCCAGUCAGAACUCGGGCAACGUGCUGACAGACCGCCCGACGACAUCGCUGCACGCUCCCCCGGGAGGUCAUUCAACCAUUUGCCUGGCAGCGGGCGCAUGCACCGCAGACCGCCUGCCUCCACAACAAGGUGUCACCGCGGGCGGACAGAGCACAGUAUGCUUGGGUACCGAUGCCAGUGAUUGGAUGGUCUCCUCAAGGGCAGUUGGCAGCGCAAGGAAGGCGAUGCCACAUGAGACCGUUGCGACCGAGGAGGAGGAGAUUGCACAGGAGGAGCUUUCCGAGAAGGAUGCCCCAGAGGGAGGCGUCACCGCGGGCGGAAACAGCACAGUAUGCUUGGGUACCGAUGCCAGUGAUUGGAUGGUCUCCUCAAGGGUAGUUGGCAGCGCAAGGAAGGCGAUGCCACAUGAGACCGUUGCGACCCAGGAGGAGGAGAUUGCACAGGAGGAGCUUUCCGAGAAGGAUUCCCCAGAGGCGGUGCAGAACGUUGAGACCUGCAAGGUGAAGGGAAGCGACCGAAGUCGUGUCCAGGAGUUGCCAACGCCGAUUCGCGCACGGGCGCCUCCUGGCGGGGUGGCGACCGUGCUGUUGGGCUGA